AUGGACAGCAGUACCCCAGGGAAACUCGAUGACACUGGAAGCUUUCAGCAUUUCUUAAAAGGAGAUGCCUUAGGUGAAGUUUUCAACUCAGAAUCUGCUACAGCCCACCCGUCACUGAGGGACUCUGAGGAGGACACUUUCUCCAGCACUGUGUCCCUGAAGGCUUCCCCAUCUCCUUCAUUCCAGGGCUUGCAGCCUCUGGCCUCUACCUUGUCACCAGUCCACAUGGGCUCCUCAGUUUCUGUUGAGUCACACACAUCCCAGAGUGUGUGUCAGCCUCCGGAGCCGUCGAUUGCUCUAGGAGAAGGGUCUUUUCCCUGUUCUCAUUUUCCUCCACCUGUGGCCUGCACUCCACCCAGGCACGACUCACACUUGGGUCUUCCCCCAUGUGACAUCAGGGAAGUCCCUCCAGACACCACCCCACAGAGCUCUCCAACCAACAGCUCUAGGGUGCCUUCUCCUAUUCCAGCCCUCAACUCUGAUCUUCUGGAUUUGCCAGCCAGAGUGAUUAGUAAGAGAGAAAAGCUGAAAUCAGCUUGUCAGGAGAAAGAACACCCUCUGGAUUGUCAGGGGAACAUGAUGAAGUCACUGGGCAGUGCACAAGACACUGCCAUCCCUCAGCCCCUCUGGAACACCGAGGGAAAACCACAGCAGCUUCCUGAUUCUCAGGAGCUGUUCUUCCCCAUGGUCUUGCAGAAAUGCUGCCAACUGUUCUGGGGCCUUCCCUUCCUGCACAGCGAGUCCCUGGUGGCUCCUGUCCAAAUGUCUGGUCAUCCACUAGACUUACCUUCUGUUUUAUUCAAUAGUUUCUCACACUUAGUGCCGGUACAAGUCCAAGCUAACGUACCUCCACCAUACUUUGUACAGCAGCCCUUACUGCAUCAUUUGGUCAAAUCACAACCCUUCACUCCAACCUUAACCUGGCCCCAGCCUUCUCCACUGGCUGAGAUCCAGGCCUAUGCCCAUGGCAUGUUCUCUACACCAAACUUAUCCUGUCCAUCACCUCCAGUGAGGUCCUGUACUAUCCCACCUGUUAUUCAACAGCUAGAACAUCAUUUCGAGAAGAAACACCUAGAAUGUCGUAGAAUUUUAUCUUCUGUGGUUGAAGAGUCUCACAAAACCUUUAGUCAAGAUCAGGGCCCCUGUAACCAGAGAGGCUUUAGCAACCAAUCCAGUGAUUUGAUAAGCCUUGAGAUGAGGAAAAAGCUGGAAUAUCACUUCCAACAGAGGGUCCUACAGUACCUCUGUAAAACAAAUGGCAAGAUCCAGCUGUCCCCUAAGAAUUUCACAGGGACAAAUCAGACAGACCACAAAUAUGAGUCUUUACAGAACUCUACAACUAUAGAUUAUUGCUACCGGAAUAUUCAGAAAACAACCUCAGAAUGCCCAGUAUCCCAGGGAUGGAAGAACUCUAGAAAGGAUUUUAUAAAGGCCAAAACACAGAGCAAAGUAGAAAGUGACUUGAUGAGACCAAGUAGUGACUCAGGAUAUUUUCCCCCAACUCAUUCAAAUGAGAACUGUCUAGGAGAAACCCCAAUAGCCCAUCUCAUCACUAAAUGGGAGAAGAUCAGUAGGGACAAGGUCCCUAUGCAUGUUAGUCAUUCCCGGGGCAUGAAAGUUCAUGCUUUGGCCCCCCUUGAAAACUCCAACUCUAGCAAGAACACUGGUGGAGAACCACCCUUAAAUACCAGGGAAACCUGCAAGAGCUCCUCCCAGGAGGUUUCCCACAUUGAUGCUGCCACUCGACAGCUGCUAGAUGUGCAUAUCAAGAAGCUUUGGGCAAAGCACCAGUGGGGCUUGUGCCUAAAGGUUCUCAAACUUAUAAAACUCCUUACUCUGAAAAAGGCUCCCUCUGUGUCAACUUCACAGGGAGCUUCUCCCUACAUGGCCUGUAGUAACUUCAAGGCCUAUCACCCAGUGAAGGAGGGUGCAUGCCGGAGAGAAGCCCUUCCCAAAGAACAAAAGAGCAAAAAGAGAGAAAAAAGUGAAGGUCAUGCCUUACAACCUUCUCAACCACUUUUACCACCUGAAACCCCGAGGGGAACACAGUAUAAUCAUAUCUGUGGUCCCUUGGACGCGUCUCCUACUAGAGAGGAAGGAAGACUGCUUUCUGAGACUCAAUCUUGUAUCCUAGUAGGACGAAACUGGCACCAUAACAUUGUGCCAGGAUCAGAGGAAAGCAGUUUAGAAUUAACUAAAAGCCCAGAAAUGGGCAUGUUUGUGACACAUGAGAAAGAAAACCUCUGCCACAGUGUAACCAUCCGAGAGGUCUUUGUUCCACCCAAAUCUGUGUACACAGAUCAUGUCAGGGAAAUGGCAGAGGAUGAAGAGAAACAGCCCACUAUCAUCGAUUUCAAUAACUUGAACCUCAGAAAUUUAGAACUGAGGACCACUGAAACACCAUUACCCUCCAGAAUUUCAGUUUCCAACUACCCACUUGAUUCAUGCCUUAAAGAACAGGCAGGGUCAACCAGCACAAGCGAAAGCACCCUUUUUGAUGAUAUCCUAAAGGACUGCAAUGCUGACCCAUUCCUGCAAGGUGGUGCCCCCGAGAUGCUUAUUGCUGACGACAUGUUUGCUUCCCAGAGUUCUCUGACUAGCUCACAGAACCUUUCGGGAAGCAGCAUAUCCACUUUCUAUGAGCGACGCUCUCCCUUGCCAAAGGGAGUGCAAAUCAUGAAGCAGCAAGAACCUAAGACAUCUAAACUCCAGCAGCCAUGGUACAGCAAAAUUUUUCAUGGGCAUAAUGAGACACAGAGCUGUGAGAGGCCCAAAGCUACAACACAGAAGGCAAAGCCAGCAGGAAUGAGGCCCUCACAAGGCUGGAAGCUGAACUCUCCUGCCCAGGUCAGGAAAACAAGAACUGUGAGGAAGAACUCCAGCCUACCUGUGUCAGAGAAAGCACAGCAUCCCCCAGAGAGUCAGUUCGGAAACCGAAUAAAGAAGUUUUUUAUGUAUAUUUUUAAUACAAAAGACAGUCAGGCAGACUCACUGCCAAAUUCAAAAAUCCAAUCAGCCAAUAGCAAGAACCAUGACUUAAUGACAAGUAGAAUCCAAGACGUUAGAGGGCCUGAAACCCAGACACUCGAAAACACCAUUGGGCAAAUCCUAGAAGAAGAAAUUCACCUUAGGCCUUCUGCCUCCAACAAAACUUUCCACAAAGAAUUUCAAGCCCUCACAGAUAGACAUUCCCACUCCCACAUGGCUCCUCCUUACCAAGAAGGGGGUCAAUUGGGCUCCUUGAUAGAAAAGAAAUCCAGGAUUCCUCCCUUGGUUUUUGUUGCUUUCGUAGGAACCAAGAGGCUGCUGUUCAGAGCAGCAGCUGCCAUUCAGCCUGGUCAAGCUCAAUAUAACAAGCUCCGGGCAGCUCUGGACAAGCUGAGGAAGAACAAGGAAGAAUCUGAGAAGUGGAAUGCUGAACUCCCAAGACAAAUUUCUUGGCAGACUCAAAUACAGGGCAAGAUACAAAAUGUUCAGGCUGAUUUUACACAGUGGAGAGGCAUCCUGGACACUGAGGAGGAGAAAGUACUGCAAAAGCUGAAAAGGGAGGAGGAAGAUGGUUUGCAAACCCUGGCAGUGUCAGAAAAUGAGCUGAUCCAGCAAAAAGAGUGGGUAACUGAGCUCAUCUCAGAUGUGGAGCGUCUUUUAGAAGGGUCCACAGUGGAGAUGCUGCAGGAUGUGAGUACCAUCAUAAGAAGAUGUAAGCUCUUGACAAUGAAGAAACAUACCUUUCCCCAAGAAAGAAUAGACAGUGUCUAUUCUGGUUUGAGAGUGACUACAAAUGACAAUUCGAGAAUUGACAUUUCUAAGGAUCAAAGAAAAAUAAGAUACCGGCCAAGUCAUGAUCAUACUAUUUAUGAAGUUCCCCGACCAAAAAUUGGUUACUGGAUUAUAGGGAUGGAGAAUAAAUCUGAGUAUGAAGCUUUUGGGGAGGGUCCUACCACCCAUUCUCCUUUGUCCUUGCCCCUGUCUUUGCUUGUCGCUCUUGAACAUGUUGGGGUUUUUGUAGACUACCAGGCUGGCUCAGUCUCAUUUUACAGCACUACGUACAAUGCAUUUCUCAUCUACAAGUCCACUAACUGUGCCUUUACCUGUGAAGUGUAUCCAUAUUUCACUCCUUUACAAUGUUCAGAACCUAUGACUCUAUGCUGA